AUGUCUUGGUUAUUCGGUUUUGGGAAACAAAAUUCAAAAGAUUUCGAUAUUCCUAUUGAUGCCCCUCCUCCUCCUGUUCCACCUCCCAGUUCGAAGGACAAAAAUCUUGGUGGCGAUACAGUUUCAGCUUAUCGAUUUGAUUCGGCCGCACUAGAAAGAGCUGCUAAGGCAGCCAAAGAGCUCGAAAAAUCAAAACAUGCUAAGGAGGCUUUUGAUUUGUCUCAAAAGCAUGAAGAAACAUUACAGAUGGAGUACCAGUCAAAAAUGAAGGAGUAUGAACUUGGUCUCGAGCAGAUAAAGAUACAACAGUAUAGGGCACAACAAGAAGAACGAAGAAAAACUCUGGAAGAAGAGGCAAGAAUACAAAAACAGAGAGCUGAUUAUCAAGAUAUGCUUGCGCGGAAGCGUCAGGAAGACCAAGUAGCCUUGCAGGCUAAAGCUCAGGCUGAAAGUCUUAGGAAACAAGAGGAAUCUGUACAGAAACAGGAGGCUAUGCGAAGAGCGACAAUUGAAUUUGAAUCUGAUCUGCGCCAUAAAAAUGAAAUGAAGCAAAUAGAAGCAAAGAUCAGGGGCGAAGCUGAAGUUGAACGCGAAAAUCGCGAGAUACGGCUAGAACGCGCCCGAGUAGAUGCUCGUGAGUAUCGGCAGACGGUUUUGGAAUCCAUUACUACUGCUGGUUCUGUCAUCGGCGGUGGCAUCAGCAGUUUUCUUUCGGAACCGGACAAGGUUGCCACAGUAAUUGGUUCGUUAACUUUGUUAGCUGGUGGUGUUUACGGGGCUAAAUAUGGGAUUGGAACAUUUGCCAGAGUUGUAGAGUCUCGGAUAGGUAAACCUGCGCUUGUUCGUGAAACAUCUCGAAUUAAUGCUGUGGACAGCUUCCGGCAUCCUGUUAAGACAGUUAAGACGAUUUUCCAGCGUCCUACAGAUCCACUAGAUGGGAUAAUUUUGCGACCUGAAUUGGAAGCAUCUUUAAGAAAAAUUGCCAUAGCAACGCGACACACUAAAGCGAAUAGUGGCUUUUAUCGAAACGUUCUGAUGGCAGGUCCGCCUGGUACUGGGAAGACAAUGUUUGCCAAGAGUUUAGCAAUGCAUUCUGGCAUGGACUAUGCUAUUUUGACUGGUGGAGAUAUCGCACCUAUGGGGAAUGAAGGAGUAACUGCAGUCCAUAAGGUUUUCGAUUGGGCCAAAACUAGUCGGAAAGGAGUUCUACUAUUUGUGGAUGAAGCGGAUGCAUUUCUUCGAAAAAGAGAACAAGAACGAAUAAGUGAAGGUAUUCGAGCAACUUUGAAUGCUUUCUUGUACAGAACUGGCGAACAAUCAAAGAAGUUUAUGUUAGUUCUAGCAAGUAAUCAACCAGAACAGUUUGACUGGGCAAUUAAUGAUCGUAUGGAUGAAAUUGUUCAGUUCACAUUGCCUGGUUUAGAAGAACGUGAACGACUUGUCCGACACUACUUUGAUCUUUUCCUUCUUCAGCCUUCACUAACCAAGAGUCAUCGUAUUCGUCUAGCUGAAGACAUAAACUACACUGUAAAAUGUGCAGAUGUCGCAAAGAGGACUGAAGGUCUUUCUGGACGUGAAAUUUCCAAGAUUGCAGUUGGUUGGCAGACGGCUGCUUACUCUAGUGAAGAUGGUGUUUUAACAGAAAGUAUGAUGGAUGCUGUUGUUGACAGUGCAGUAGCAGCUAAUCGUCAAAAGCAGGAAUGGAGACAUCAUAAACUUCCUGACAGUAUGGAAGCUAUUCCGACAUAA